UCAAGGAUUCGAAUUGCAUGCAGCCAGCCAGCAGCCAGAGGUCAUCCGGCACAAAAUUGUUUCUCAGCAUAGCUUUUCACUCCACUCUCUCAAUCCAAUCAGCCAAGCAGUGUCUUGAAAGACAAAAUCUAAUCACUUGAUAAUGUCUAGCCACGAAGAUGAAGCGUUGCUGCUGGGCAGAGCCGGCGACCGGCCAAUGAGCAAACAGAUGGAACUGGUGCGCGCCUGCGGAGCGGAGUUCAUGGCCACUCUGCUGUUCGUACUGGUAGGAGUGACGGCCGUGCGCGGCAACGAAGUGAACGAAGGUGUGAACGUCUUGCCCGUGGCUCUGGCGCAUGGCUUCAUGAUCUUUCUACUGGUGGCCAUGACUGCGAACGUGAGUGGUGGUCAUAUCAACCCAGCAGUGUCACUCGGUGUUUUCCUGGCUGGUGAGAUUAGCUUUGUGCGCUUCAUCCUCUACUUCCUUUUUCAACUCCUUGGAGCAACUGUUGGAGCCGCUCUUGCUUUGGGGCUGAAUGUCGACUGGAGGAAUCGACCGCAAAGGAUUCAAGAGCAUCGCCCCGCUGUGCAUUGGCUUGCUGUAGCUACUGGCAUUAUGGCAAGUGGCACGUUGACCGGUGGAUCCAUGAAUCCAGCGCGCAGUUUUGGACCAGCUGUUAUCAGCCUCCACGGCCUUGGUGACUACCCUAACGCACAGGGCAAGAAUUACUACUCCAUCUACUGGUCCGACCAGUGGAUCUAUUUCCUUGGACCUCUGCUCGGUGCUGGCGUUGCGUCUGGUAUAUACCGAUUUAUCCUCAGCUCACAACACCUGAAAAGACUGAGCAUCAACGACUCGUAAUCGUGUUGGCGGUUGCACGGUCCGUGUGUGUGUGUGUAUGUGUGUGUGUGACCGUGUGUGCCUGUGUGUGUAAGUGUUGUCUUUGUGUGUGUAAGUGUUGUCUUUGUGUGUGUAAGUGUUGUCAUUGUGUGUGUAUGUGUGUGUGUGUGUGUGUGUGUGUGUGUGUGUGUGUGUGUGUGUGUGUGUGUGUGUGUGUGUGUGUGUGUGUGUGUGUGUGUGUGUGUGUGCGUGCGUGUAUGUGUGUGUGUGUGUGUGUUUGCGAGUGCCUUGUUUCAUGUCUGUUUGCAUACACGUGUAGCUGUUGUACAUUGUUGUGGACUCUGUCAGUCUGGUUCAUUGUUUGCUACUUCUAGAACUAUUUGCUUGUUAUGAUGGUGAUGAGGAGCCAAGUCUCUCAGUUGCCUUCUAGUCAGAGUUCAAGCCACCUGUCUUACCUUCUCCUACCUCUCUGUCUGUCUCUCUGCCUUUCUGUGCCUCUCUCUCUCUCUCUCUCUCUCUCUCUCUCUCUCUCUCUCUCUCUCUCUCUCUCUCUCUCUCUCUCUCUAUCUCUCUCUCUCUCUCUCUCUCUCUCUCUCUCUCUCUCUCUCUCUCUCUCUCUCUCUCUCUCUCUCUCUCUCUCUCUCUCUCUCUCUCUCUCUCUCUCUCUCUCUCUCUCUCUCUCUCUCUCUCUCUCUCUCUUCUACUUCUACUUCUUCUUCUCUUCCUGCUUUGUUUUCUUUUUGUCCGUCUCCUUUUCUCGUUUUGUUUGCUGGGUAAAGAUCACGGGUUGCUAUCUCUAAAAUGAAGAGUGUUCACCAAAAAUUAGGGAGCACAUUUUAACGGCACAUUUUUUACGAUUUAUUAGAGCGAUAUUUUUAUGAAAUUUUCGUACUUUUUAUGGAGCAUGCAGUUUUACUAUAUUUCCGCUCUGUUUGCUGGCUGAGAAGUGAGAAGUGGCUGGGCAGUGCAUUACAUGUCUAUAUCUAUCGUCCUCUCCUGGAUGAUAUUUUGUCCUACGACCAGCACACGUGAGUAGCGUGCAAUGCCGAGGCUGGCAGACACCUAUGGCGUUUUUCUCUUCUUCUUUUUUUUCUCUUUUUUUUCGUUUGCCCACUUUAGUGCUGCAUCCUGUUCUCUGCUUUUGCGGGUGAGUGGGUUUUUUUCUCAAUUGCACUUCCAGUGAGUAAAGAAGCAGCCUGCCGUCAUUGAAGUGUUUCGCGGCUGUUCCGUUUGUUGUACUUUGCUCGGCUUUCCAGCGCAUGCUGCUUACGUUUCCCUCCGUUCUCUCUUUGAUGCAGUGGUGCUAUUUGCAAGAUGUUGAUAUGGGCUGCCCAGUGCUGUGAGCACACUGAAAUCGUUACCCCGCAUACUAUCUA